UCCUUGCAAGAGUUGCACCAAUGUAUCAAACUCAAUAUAUUUAUUCGCGUGAGCGUCGUCGCUUUGGCCGUCAGCCCUUACUGAGCGAUCGCACGCAGCUUAUGCUCAGCAUACAGCCUAGUCACCGAAUUCGCUCAACGUACAUCCUACGCAAUCCGAUGGAUCGCACCACGCAGCUAAGCGAACAAAUGGCCUUUAGCUGGGUAGAGACUGAGAAUGUCACUUACGGUGAGCAUGGCAUGUACCACUAUGAAGGUGGCUGGCCGCGCGAAGUCAACAUAAACGAUGAAGAGUCGACAAUGCGUUACCGCAAGAAGAUUGAACGCGACGACAACUGGGGUAUGCAAGUUACCAAUCUAAUACACACAUCAAUAGAUGUGACUGCCCAAAAUAGUGCUGUAAAUAUCUAUCAGGAGUUCUUCGUCGAUCUGCCGCCUGAAUUGGGCAAAGAUAUACGCACGCCGUUCGAGGCACGCCAGUGUAAUAUAUUUCAUGAUCCACAGAACCCCGUACGACCCAUUACCGUAAUAGACUGGAUGCCGAACGAGAAAAAAAGGUUUCUUUCGCAACCCACUAACUUUAACUUUACUGCACCGGUACGUCCGCCGCCAUUAGGCGUGAAGACCGAAGAAGAUGACCUACACUCAACGCCAUCUGUUCCAUCCGGCAUACUACAAGUUACCGAAUCCUCACGAUCUGUCUUGAUAAAUCCGAACUUUUUCUAUGUUUGGAAUAUGGCUAAUGCUUUGCAGCCUGAGAUAGUGCUCGAUUCCACAGAACCAGUGCAUCGUGCUCAUUUCUGUCCGCGUGACGAAAAUUUCAUUGCUGCCGGUCUGCAUUCGGGCAUGGUGGGUCUUUGGGAUGCUCGGAAUGGCGGUAAAGCUAUAAAAAUAUCUCCUUUAGAAGCAGCACAUCGCGAGGAAGCAGCAGCGCUGUGUUGGGUGCACUCCAAAUCGAAUUCAGAAUUUUAUAGCGGCUCCUACGAUGGUUCGGUAAAAUACUGGGAUAUACGCGAUCUCAACACGCCAUUACAAGAAAUCUGGAUCGAUCCGGAGCUAACCGAUGAGCAGAAACGCGAGCGUGCACAUGGUGUAACGGUUUUAGAAUUCGAAUAUACUAUUCCUGUGCGCUACAUCAUUGCCAGCGAUCAGGGUUACGUGUUUAUAGGAAAUCGCAAAGGUAUGGUGCCAACUGAGGUGCUAAUCGCCAACUAUCGACUCUUCUCGGGGCCGGUGCGCACUAUUGAGCGCAAUCCAUUCUUCGUAAAAAAUUUUCUUAUUGCCGCCGAUUGGUGUGUAAAAAUCUGGGCGGAGGAAUGUAAAGGUGCACCCACAACGCUGCUAAUGAAAAAGAAGAACGAAAUGUUGUGUGGAACUUGGAGUCCAUCGCGCUGCUCGCUCUUUGUCACCGGAGACGCUAAAGGGGAAGUUGACUUUUGGGACUUAUUAUUGCAUCAACGAAAACCCAUAUUUACGCUGAAGUUAAAGCGGCCCGUAAAGUACGUGAAAUUUCGACCAGAUGGGAAAUAUUUGGCGGUGGGCUUGGAAAAUGGCGAUGUACAACUAUUCGAAAUGGAUCCUGCUUUGAGACAGAGUGCGGCUAAGGAUAAAGCUCUUUUGAUGGCGCUUUUCGAGCGCGAGCUACAACAUUGCAAGCUGCUGGACGGUCGCGUUGAAGAAAUUAAGCUUAAACAUAAAACAGAGCUAUAUGAAACUGAACAAGCCAAACUGCGCGAAAAUGAAUUGGACUUGGUAGUGCAAUACGAUCCUGAUGAUCCGGAUCAAUUUUUACAGAUAAUAGAAAAUGAUACCGAGUUUAAGGACAUGUUGAAAAUUUUCAAAGACAGCACAUUCAAUAUUGAUAAGAAGCGGCAGGAGCGUCAAUUCAUAAUGGAACGCACUGAUUUUGAAAAGGAUGGUAUGUUGACGAAAGAAGAUUUAGAGGGACUAACUGCAGGAGAAAUAGCCGCAGUUAAAGCUGAGGGACUUGUCAAUAGCUCCGCUGCAGGUGCAGCUGGUGCGGCCGAUGGCGCUGCUGGUAUAGCAGGUGCUGGUGAUAAAGCUGGUGCUGGAGCACCCGGAGGAGCAGGUGCUGCCGUUGCAGACGACAAAGAAGCAGCUGUUGGUGAUAAACGCAUAAAAGUCUUGAGGCGUAUGGCAGAUGCAGAUAACUAAGAUAUUUGUUUUUAUUUUCAACUCCUUAAAAAUACUGCUCUUGUAUGUUUAUA